GUUGCCAAUAUUUGGAGAUGCAUGACUUACUAGAAGAUAUGGGCAAAGAAAUUGUCCGACAAGAAUCACCCGAAGAACCUGGCAAGCGGAGUAGAUUAUACUUUCAUGAAAAUGUUCGUGAAGUACUUGAAAGAAAUAAGGGAACAUAGAAAAUUGAAGGCAUAUUGAUAAAAAUGCCUUGGAAGGACAGCAAGAUACGUUUGGGUUCUGAGGUGUUUGCAAAAAUGGAAAGACUCAGAAUAUUAAUAGUUAGAAGCUUCGAUGACGUCAGUUUUUGUGAUGGAUUGAAUUAUCUCUCUAAUGAGUUAAGAGUUCUUGAUUGGUUCAAAUGCCCUUUUGAGUUUUUGCCAUCUUCUUUUCAUGGAGAGAAACUCAUUGAUUUCAGAAUCGAAGAAAGCAAUGUUAGAGAUUUAGGCACGAGAUUGCAAUCUAAGAACUUAACAAGUAUAGAUCUCAGUUAUUGUGAAUACUUGACAAAUAUAUCGGAUCUUUCAAGUUGCUCAAAUCUAGAGAAGUUGUCUUUUCAUCGAUGUACAAGUUUAGUUGAGGUUCAUGAUUCUGUUGGAUUUUUGGAUAAGCUUGUUGAAUUGGAUUUUAGAGAUUGUUCCAGCCUAAAGAAUUUGCCAAGAAGCUUUAAGUUGAGAUCUCUAGAACUCCUUAAACUUGACGGUUGUACUAGUCUUGAAAACUUUCCAGAAAUUGAGUGUGAAAUGAAAUAUUUGAGAUGUGUCGAGUUAAAAAGUUGCGUAAUACAGGAGCUACCUUCAUCCAUUACAUACCUCAUUGGGCUCGAGACGUUAUAUAUAAAUGAGUGCAACAGCCUUGUGCAUUUUCCAGUAAACAUUUUUCAGUUGGAAUAUCUACAGGAUGUUUGCAUCCUUUAUUGUCCAAAUUUUGUAAAUUUUGGAAAGGAGGUGGGGCAUAAUGGACAAUUUGUGUCAUGUACACAGGAAAAUGAAAUAUCAUCAAUUAUGGAAUUGUCGCCUCCAGAAUCAAACAAUUUAUUUAGAACAUUUAAUUUCUCAUCCAGUUUGAAGACUUUAAAUCUAUCUGGUAGUGGUAUUGGUAGCCUUCCUCCAUGCAUCGAAGGAUUUGUUGGAUUAUCUAAACUUGAUUUGACAUACUGCAAGCAACUUGAAGAAAUUCUACACCUUCCACCAAAUGUAGAAGAGGUAUAUGCAGAAGGAUGUUCCGGUCUAAAGAAUUUCUUACCAGAAUCAAAUAAUUUAUCUCGGACAUAUAAUUUCUCAUCCAGUUUGAGGACUUUAAAUCUAUCUGGUAGUGGUAUUGUUAGCCUUCCUCCAUGCAUCGAAGGAUUUGUUGGAUUGUCUUACCUUUGUUUGAGAAACUGCAAGCAACUUGAAGAAAUUCUACACCUUCCACCAAAUAUAGAAUCGUUUGAGGCUAUAGGAUGCGUGUUAUUGGAACGUUUUCCUCAUGUAUCGACAGAAUCUUCAUUUGGUACACCUGACUUAAAACGGCUUAGGAGGAUUAACUUAUCGGAAUGCAAUAAAGUGGAAGUGGAUGUAGGGAAUCAUGCGCCAGAUCCAUUAUUGGUUCAGGAACGCUUUCGGGAGAAAGAUUCAAGUACAAUUAUAUAUCCAGGAAGUAUAGAUUCCAAAGUGGUUCAAGUAUUGCAAGGAGGCUACUUCAUUAAGUAAAUCUAUUGAAGUAGAAAUGGAUCAUAAUGCGUCCAUGUGUUUUGGGCAUCAGAUCGUGGCAUUAGUUUUGUGUUUUGUUGUGGGACCUCUUCUAACAUGGAGUUUGUGUGGUUUUAAUAUCUCAAUAAACAGCCAGCGGAUUGGAAAUGAUGAUACGCGGUUACGGGAUUCAAUGGACCCACAUUGUGUAUGCCUAAAAUACAUAGCUGGAAAUUCUAUUGAUGAAAUUCUGUCAAGAAGUUACAGGGAGGGGAACAAUAAUAUGAGGUUUACAUUUGAAAGUGAUUCAGAGAAAGCAGUCUUAAAAAGUGUCGGAGUCCAUCUAAUAUACAGGAAUGACAAUUUGAUUGAUCUUAAUAAUCAACGUUCAAAGAGAUACCGAGAUGAUGGUGAGAAUGACUUGGAACCCAAUUGGAACCCACAAAAGAAGAGGCGGGGAUCUUCAACGGCUAGCUCUAGCCUACUUAAGUAUAGUACUACAACUAGCCAUGCGAAUUGUUACACUUUCAAGAUUCAUAUGUUUUUAAGAUGUGCAAGUCUCGUGCACUCUAUUUAAAAAUAGUAGAUUAAUCUGGGCCCCACAUGUAAAAAUUAUUGUUUUUAAUGGUGGAACCCACAUUUUUUCAAAGUGAGUGUGCUGAGCUUGUACAACUUAAAAUUGUAUCUAACAUUAGUCUAGUUCAAAUGUUAGGGGUCAUUUUCCUACAUUUAGUAUUUAACUUGUGCCCUGCCAAUAAAGUCAUUUAUUACAUGAGAAUAAAAUUAUGCAUGUGUAGAUCA